CGAGUAGCCAUGUUGGUGUCAAGUUUUGGUAAACAAAUACAGAUUUGACAUGCAUCUGCUCAAGGACGUAUUUUAAUCUACAGUUAUUUAUGAAUCAAAUCUGAAUUUUAAUGCAUAUGCAGACUUUCAAGAGUCACAUACAUGAACAGACUCAGAAACUGAUUUAAAUAUGUUUUUAUCAGAGAAGCCAAACUUGAUUAGAAAUGAGCAUGAUGCUAUGUAGAGGUCUGAAGAAAGUUUUGAUAAAAAAAGUGUGAUUUCUAGCAUGUGCUGGAAAAGAAAAGAAAAGAGAAACAGAAAAGCCUGAGCUCUCCAUCUUGCUAGACCUUCCCCUAUCUGUGCUGGUAUUCAGUGCAGGCUUCUUCAGAAGGACUUUGGAGGACAUGGAGAGCCCAAGCAGUGAGAGUGUACAGGAGUACCACCAGGUGCUGACAGGUGUUGGGUGCCAUGAGGGUUCAGUGACUGUCUUUAAGCAAGAUGGCAGCUCAGCACUUGUCACAGACUCUGGCAUGGUGGCCAGCCUCACCGUGGUGGCUGACGACCAGUCCAUCACAGGUGACGUGACCAAUGAGAUCAUAAUCACGGCAGACGAAAGCCUCACCAUCUCCUCUGAUGGGAAUAUCACACAGAUGAAGACCGUGGAUGGAGGGAGUGCCUCAGACACAUUGCAGUCAAGUGCAGCUGACAAGGCUCUGGGUAGCCAGAUUGUCUUUAUCCACCAAGAUAGGCAGCUGGAGCAGACACAGCCCAUACACUCACAGUCACACCAGCAUGUGACACAGACGCCCAGGCAUCAGAUCUUGGCCGUUCAACAGUCCCAGCAAGUACAACACACACCUCAACAGCAGCAGGUCCUCAGUGUGAGCAGUUCUCAGCAGCAUCAGCGGCCACAUACCCAAGGUGGAGAAAUACCCAUAAGACCUCUAAUCAGUGACAUUGUAAAUUCAAAUGUCCUAACUUCCACCACAACAAGCAGUCCUCUUUCUGUUAGUCUUUCAAAUUCAGUGUCAAAUGGCACUGUGAGGCUCAAUAGUCUCCCAGCUAAUUUGUUAGCUAAUCCAACAACAGUUACCACUACAGUUGAGCAACCGAACAAUGGACCUUGCAUGUGCUUUGUUUGUGGGCGUCAGCUCUGUGACCCCAGUGAAAGAUUUUACUACCUUAAAACUCAAAAGUUAUUUAAUACCCAGGUAACUUUAUUGGAACUCCUAAGUGAUGUAUUAAACCAGACUGUUGUGACCAACACAGGAGCAGUUGACCUGUGCUCAAGAUGCUCAGAACUUAUCAACGAAACUGACAGUGCUUACACUCAUCUUAACCGCCUAAAAAAGCAAAUAAAUGGUCUGUUUACAAAUAAUAUGAGGCCAAAAUUGACUUUUCAAGUCUUGCCAAAGACUAGUAACCUGGGCGCAUUAGGCACGGGCUCUGUUCCUCGCCUGUAUCAGCCUCCACAACUCAACUUGGAUGAUUUAGCUGCCACCAGACCCCGUAGAGGGAGGCAGGCACGGAAGGAAAAGAAGGAGGAAAACUCAGUUGAGGUCAAAGUAUCAACUGCCCCAAAAAAGAAAGGAGGCAGACCACGCAAACCAUUUGGGUGCCAUAUUUGCAAGCGCAAGUUCUUGACCAAAGACAUGGUGGCGAGUCACAUGGUCAAGGAACAUGAUAUUCAUCCUGUGGGUUUAGCUAAGCCCAUCCUUGGAACGAGUGACUCACCUGAACCAGGGUCUGGCCAACAGGAAGAGAAGAAGGUUUCAGGUAACACAGAGGGACAGCAGGUCAAGCAGGAGCAGGAGGACACCAAGGAGAAGCCUGCAUUACUCCCUCUGAAGAGUAGCCCCAUGAAAGAUGAAGGACUUGCACUCAAUACACUAAACUCUCUGGCCCCAGUGACCUCAACAGGUCGAUCCAUAUUGCCAAGCUUGACCCCCAUAGCUCCUAAGGUGCGGAGGGAUGCAGCCUCACAGUUCCUUGCAGCUAUGCGUCCCAUUCAGCCCAAACCUCAAACCAUGAUACAAACUGCUCCUGAUGGAUCUAUGGUCUUGUUCAUGAACCCAACUGUGGUUGACUCUUCUCCAACGGUAAUCAAAGUUACUCCAGGGUACAUGAAUCUUAAACCUGGUCCUUACACAUGUGAUAAGUGCAACAAGACCUUCUUGGAUGAUAAGAGUCGCAGAAUGCACCGUAUUGCAGCGCAUGGUCUGAGGAAGAGGAAGAGGGACGGUGAAGAUGAUGAUGAAGAGGAUGACAGUGGGGAGAAGAGGGAUUGUCAUGAGAAGCUUUGGCACUGCAGACAGUGCGAGGUCUCAUUUACAAGCAAGAGGAGUCUGGCUGAACAUCGCAAAGCUCUCCAUCGCAUGGGAGAAAAUGGCUUAGGCAUAGAUCAAAGAAAAGACCGGUUACAUUCUUGUGAUCAGUGCGAGCAGAUGUUCUGUUACAAAUAUGAGUUAGAGCGCCACAGAGAAACUCACGUCCCAUACACACAGAUGGGUCCACAUGAGUUUGUUUGUUGUGUGUGUGGCCUGAAAGUCGCAAGUAAAGCAGCACUGAAAAUUCACCUUCAUCGUUUCCAUAGCAAGGAUGAGGAGACCAAGGACUACCUUUGCUCUGAGUGUGGCUACAUGGCUUCCACCAAAAAAGCUUUUACUGACCAUCAGCGCAUUCACAGUGAUGAUCCAGGACCAAAGGCCCGCUGCACCAUCUGUGAGAAGGAGAUGCUGGCCUCUUCCUACAAGAUUCACAUGUUGAGGAUGCAUGGAGAGGCAAAACACCCUUGUGAUACCUGUGGCCAAAGGUUUACAGUUCGCUCUGAUUUGAUGAGGCACAUAAACACCAUUCACUCAACCCUCCGGCCAUAUGACUGCGACUUGUGUGGAGAGAAAUUUGUUACCUCUGAUGCAUUAAGAUACCAUCGAAACAAGACCCACUCAACGGUACUGCACUCUUGUGAGUACUGUGGAAGGAAUUACAAGUGGAAGGGAGAACUGAGAACCCACGUGCAGCGGCAUCACAUAGAGCACAAGGAGAGGUUCCAGUGUUCUCUCUGUUCCCGCAAUUAUGCUGACAGGCGCAAGCUUCGACACCACAUGAUGACUAAGCAUAAUGUCCCUCGGGAAAUGACGUACUUCAAGAACUAUCAGCGUGACAAAAACAUGGUAACGUACAAAGAUGGAGACGACCAAAUCCCCAACAGCGGUUAUGAGCCCCAGGGUACAUUGCUUCCCCCCUCGGUGCCCUCAACCCCCCAGGCCUCUACCCACCACGUCCAACCAGUCAGCCAAGCUGUCAGCCAGGAGCCCAUCCAGACACAGCCGUCCAUUGUCACCAUACCUGUGUACCAGCAGCAGCAGCAGCAACACCACACCCAGCAAGCCCUUCAGCAUCAGCAACAACAACAACAACAGCAGCAACAACACCAACAACAACAGCAGCAUCAACAUCAGCAACAUCAACAGCAACAACAUCAACAGCAACAGCAGCAGCAACACCCCCAUCAGCACCAACAACAACAACAACAGCAACAGCAGCAGCAACAGCAGCAGCAUUUGCAUCACCUUCAUCCACCUGGGCACCAUCCCCUCCACUCAGCGUCGCACCCCCAGCAACACCACAUUUCAAACAAUCAGAACGUGUACAUUGUGUCAGACCUGGGAGUGCCACUACACGAGGAGCAGGUCACCACAACAUAGUGCUCUUGUGACAAACAAACAGUGUUAAAGAAAAAUGCAGUGAAGGAAAAUUGAAAGAGGACUCUACCACGGAGAGUGUAUAGUUUCGAACCACGUUUUGCAACCUUUAUUUUAUUUGUCCUAUAAUAACAGUGAUUCAGAUAAGUUGUUAGCCUUUUAUUCUAUAUAUCCUUUUAGUCUAUAUAUCCCUUUAUUUAAAAUUUUAUGUCUUUAAUUUAAUGUGUCACUGUCAGCGAACCCAGACAUAACACAAAUGUCUCUUUUAGUCAAAUUCCAGGCCUUCAACUUAUACUUAAAAAGACUGCAAUGUUAAACCUACCUGAAUACAGCUUCCAGGAAUCUCAAAUAUGUGUUCAGUCCAUUUAUUAUUUUUAUGUGUUUCUUAAAGGAAAUUUUUAUGAUUUUUAUGUAUUUCUUAAAGAAAAUUAUUAUUGUAGCAAAUGCUGAAACAAGUUCUUCCUUUGAUGUAAUCAAGUUGAUAAAGUGUAUCAAAUGUUUGUUUUCUUCUCACAAUGAGAAUGUGUACAGUAAUUGUAAGUUUGAAAUAAAAUUUAUAUAUGAUUAUA